AUUUAACGGAUAAAUUUAUGAAAUUAAAAUAUUAAAAAGAUUUAAACUUUAAAUAAAAGCAUUAAUGCUUAUACAAACGAGGGAAUGGAAUCGUACAACAAAGCUUCGCCGCAGAAACGUAAACAUAAAACUGAUUAUGCUACCGGGAAAGACGAUGAAAAUAUUGAGGAAUCAGCAUUCAAAAAUGAAGAGGUAGCCAGUAAAAGAAGACGCGAGGAAGCAAAAGAUGUAAUUAGACACGACCAACGCCUGCAGCGAGUAUGUGGGAUAAUUGAGAGAGAAUUCCAAAGUGAAAUUCAUUUUAAACAACAACAACUGCAAGAAAUUGACGAACGUUUAAGCAAAGCCAGGCAGCUAUUAGAACGCUUACGUUACAACAUUGUGGCAGAAUAUUAUCGCAAGCAGGAUUUAUCAGUCACAGCAAUUGAUGCGGCGACUAUGAAGGAUAAAAGUACGCUUUUCCAACAAAUGCAUUUGCAUCCUUCCAUAAAGAGAUUAAUAGGAAAGAAGCCAAAAGAAUUUUGCGAAUUGUGGCGUUCAUUCCCCCGGCGCGUGGCGGCGCAAAACGCAAAAGAAAGCAUAAGGGUAAGAAACCAAGGUCAAAAACGAGAGGAGCGUAAAUUACAGCAAAUAAUACGUGAGCAAGGUAUAGUAAUUGAUCACACGCAGGAAGACAAGAUGAAUAAUUACACGGAUGUAAAACAAUUAUUAUCCAAUGCGCAAGAAAAUUUAAAGCGAGUAACCAGUACUAGCGACACAACGUCAUCCUCGUCUUCUAUGAGCAAAAAGGAAACUUCGACGGAUGUCGAUAGGGCAAGGGCUUUGAAUGCCGCGCGUUUAAAUAAUAAAAUCAAAUACUUAAUUGUAGUGGGCAACGUCUCAAAGUAUAUAGGAGACGAAAUGGAACAAGGUACAAAAGUGACAAGCCAUGUUCUUACACAUAAAUGGUUGGUUUACGUUCAAGCGAAAGAAGCGAGUACUCCUUUAGAACAUUACGUUAAAAAGGUACGUUUCUUCUUACAUCACUCCUAUCGGCCCAACGAUGUAGUCGACGUUCAUCUGUCACCAUUUCAAGUGGCCCGCCGCGGUUGGGGCGAAUUUCCAAUCAGAGUACAAUUGUUUUUCCACACUCAAUAUUACCAAAAGCCAGUACAGUUGAUACAUAAUAUUGUGUUGGACAAAACCUUGUCGGGCUUGCAAACCUUGGGAGCGGAAACAGUGAUGGAAGUAUGGCUGAGGAAUAUACCGCAAAGUAAAGCUGUGAAAAAAGACCCAUAUGCGAAAAUGCAGUUAGAAUCGAAGCAGCAUGUAAUACAUAAAAGUGAAGAUUUUGUUGAUGAUAAUUUGCUGGAUUUUCUCAAUAAAAUCGAAGCCACUCCUAGUGGCAUUUGUGCGGAUAUCGAAAAGAUACAACCAACCGUGGUAGUGACCGAACCUUUAAAUUGCAAACUGAAACCUCUCAGCUGCAAAACCUCUGAAGUCACAAACUCUAGUAAACAGUUGGAGAGCUCUUUGGAACACUCCGAGCAGGACGGAGCUGAAAGAGUUUCGAAAUGCUUAGGCAUUGAUUCGAUAUCAACGCUACGAAGCCCACAGAAAUCGUCAUGUGUUACGAAAUCGUUCAGUCAGUCAACAAUUUCUACAACUUGUGUCAAUAAUAAUGAAGCCACAGAAGUAACAAUGCCAUCCUCUGCAAGUGAACCCACGUCAACUAAUUUAAAUAUAUCACAGCAAGUAACUAGAACAUAUUCGAACACAUCCAUACCGACAACGAUAACAGCAAAAAUUAAAUCGCCAAUUGUUUCGAACAAGAAGGUUAGAAUUUUAACGCCGGCUGCUUCAGUGGCUUCGGUCGUGCAAUGUGCUACUUUACCAAUCAUUAGCAACAAGAGCGAUAUGAACGGCGGCACGACAAAGCCAACACUUUUAACUACUUCAAAUGGCACCGGUUCAAAACAAAUAUUCCAAAAAAAGUUGGUGCAGCUAAUUGAUUCUUCGGGGAAAGUCAAAUACAUACAAAUGCUAGUCGCUACAAGUUCAACUGCUGUCAACCCAAUGAGGAUAAAUUAUGUUAAAGCUGCCCGUGCUGUUUCAACUAAAACGAAUAAUACAGUUACUGACAGUACAGAAUCCGCCAACGCUAAUCCACUAAAGCCAGCCAAUGGAUUAACUUCGUCUACGUCGACGACGAAACCCAAUAUUGUAAAGAUCAAACUCGACGAGUUGCAAAGCAAACCGCAAAUUUUUACGUUUAGUACGUCAAUGGUCAAUUCUACACGAACAACGCUUACAACAACCGUUCCAUCAAAUACAAGCUUAACCUUUCUAAAUGUUCUAAACACCAAUUCCAAUCCGAGUGUAAUCAACGCAAACAUUGCAUCAAGAGCAACGGCUGCCGAAAAAAAUGUCAAUGGAACGUAUAGCAAAAAUGUGGUUUUCCAUAAAGAAGGUAAACUUUGCAUUAUCGAUCCCUUGCAAAUGAAAUUAAAACAGCAGCAAAAAAAGCAAAUAUCUUUGCUCAAACCGCAGACUUGUUGGCUUAAGCAGAAACAAGAACAAAUGCAGAGAACUGCGCCCACCUUACAAGCGGCAGUUGCUUAUGAUCACAGUUAUGUGCCACCUUCACCCAAUAUAAGCAAAGAAACAAAGGUCAUACUACCUCAGGUUCAUCAUGGUUUACGUCAAAAUCGUGCCAAUUCUACAAUAGCUCAACAAUUCAAAGAACUCCAACGACAGAAGUUUGAAAAUAAAUUCCUGCAACAGAAUUUUACAAGUACCCGUGAAGCUGUAGAAUAUAUUUUGCGACGUUUGCAAUUGAUCGCAAAUAAAUGCCCUCUAGAAGCUAUGGCUUAUCCGUUUGUCAGUCAGACAGCGCGAGAGUUUCAGCUGCUGACUGCUUUCAAGCAAAGAAGCUGCGAAUGGUUACGUGCCAAAACUAUAGCACACUUAAUACAGCAGCAUAAAAAUCUACAAAAGUUAGAAAAAGAAUCCAAAGAAACUUUUUGGUCUACCCGAGAAAUUGCUAAGUUCGCACGCCAAUAUGCGUACACGCCAAUCAUUAAGAGUUUGCCUUCAACAGUAGGGUCGAAACGGGAAGGGUCAUACCAAUUCUCUGCGUUCGUACAAAGCGAACUAAAACGCGAAACUGACAAUUUACCCUUUGUUACCUUAAGUGAUCAUUUGAAAAUUGAUAAAUGGAUGGAUAGAAUAUCCCAGCAAUUAGGAACAUAUGAUAUGCCAGAUAAUCUAGAAAUCAUCGAUGUCGACGGGUUAGAAAAGGCUAGGCCCAGAAAAGACAGCAAUAAAAUAUAUGACAACCGCGCUAAGCGAACUGCAAAUUCAGAUCUAGUUUUAACUUUUCCAAAGGAACUUGAAAACGAAUGUGAAUUGGUUUCCUACAUAAGCAAAGAGUUACAUCUAAAUAUACCUAACGAAGAGGUGGAAAGCAAUGUCUGGUUUCCAGCCGUGCAAACUAUUUUAGGUCAAUGUCUACGCGUAUUUUUGGAAAAACUCCUACGACAGUCUAUAGCCACAAAAAUGCAAAAAGAAACCAUAGCAACGAUCAUAGAAUUGCCGGCAUCGGAUAUAAUAAAAGUCUUAUGUAACAGCGGUAGUAGAGCGAGUGAGUUUGAUUUCCUCACAAAUAAAAAUUUUGGUGCUGUCUUGUUUUCAGAUCCUUUCCAGCUACAUGAAUUCAAACAAGAAAAGUGCUGAUACAUAUAUAUUAAUUUAUUUUUGAAAGGAUUACGCAAAAUAUCGUUUCUGUGUAUAUAUGCUUCUUAUUUUGUUGUUUUUUAGUAAGAAUGUAUGUGUUCUUUUUAUUAAUUUAAAUUUUAUUUAGUUUUGACCUAAAUAACAAUUUUUUACAUUAAGAGGAAGAAAGAUGGAAAGUUAUUCAUAAGAGAGAAAAUUUGAAGAAAUGAAACAAUG